CCGGCGCACGCACGGCGCCGCCCGCUCCCUCUUGCCGCCGCAGCCGCCGCUGGGCCCGCCCGCCGGGGAGGGGCUCCCGGCCUCGCCGGCAGUUGCUUCCUGCUUCCAGCACGUCCUCGCCGCCUCGCCGCCGGUUCGGUCGUGGGAGACCUGGCCGAGAGCCGCCCGCCGCCGCCGCCGCCCGCUCGGCCCCUGCCAGCGUCCCAGCCUCGCCCCGCGGCCAGCCCCGUCCGCUCGCGCCCGCAGCCCGUAGCCUGCGCCCCCACGCUGCCCCCCGCCCGCCCCUGGCCAUGCUGUCCUUCCAGUACCCCGACGUGUACCGCGAUGAGACCGCCGUACAGGAUUAUCAUGGACAUAAGAUUCAUGACCCUUAUGCUUGGCUUGAAGACCCAGACAGCGAGCAGACAAAGGCUUUUGUCGAGGCCCAGAACAAGAUUACUGUGCCGUUCCUUGAGCAAUGUCCUAUCAGAGGGUUAUACAAAGAGAGAAUGACUGAACUGUAUGACUAUCCCAAGUAUAGUUGCCACUUCAAGAAAGGAAAACGGUAUUUCUAUUUUUACAAUACAGGUUUGCAGAACCAACGAGUAUUAUAUGUACAGGAUUCCUUAGAAGGUGAAGCCCGAGUAUUCCUCGACCCCAACAUCCUAUCUGACGAUGGUACGGUGGCGCUCCGAGGCUAUGCCUUCAGUGAAGAUGGGGAAUAUUUUGCCUACGGUCUGAGCGCCAGCGGCUCAGACUGGGUGACAAUCAAGUUCAUGAAAGUUGAUGGUGCCAAAGAGCUUCCAGAUGUCCUCGAGAGAGUCAAGUUCAGUUGUAUGGCAUGGACUCAUGAUGGGAAGGGGAUGUUCUACAACUCCUAUCCCCAACAGGAUGGAAAAAGUGAUGGUACGGAGACAUCCACCAACCUCCAUCAAAAGCUGUGUUACCAUGUGUUGGGGACUGAUCAGUCGGAAGAUAUUUUGUGUGCUGAGUUUCCGGAUGAGCCUAAGUGGAUGGGCGGAGCUGAGUUGUCUGACGAUGGUCGCUAUGUCUUAUUAUCAAUAAGGGAGGGAUGUGAUCCAGUAAACCGACUCUGGUACUGUGACCUACAGCAGGAAUCCAAUGGCAUCAGUGGAAUCCUGAAGUGGGUAAAACUGAUCGACAACUUUGAAGGAGAAUAUGACUAUGUGACCAAUGAGGGGACGGUGUUCACGUUCAAGACAAAUCGCCAUUCGCCUAACUAUCGCCUGAUCAACAUCGACUUCACAGAUCCCGAGGAGUCGAAGUGGAAAGUGCUUGUUCCUGAGCACGAGAAGGAUGUCUUAGAAUGGGUCGCUUGCGUGAGGUCUAACUUUUUGGUGUUAUGCUACCUUCAUGACGUGAGGAACAUUCUGCAGCUUCACGACCUGGCCACCGGUGCUCUCCUCAAGACCUUCCCCCUGGAAGUCGGCAGCAUUGUGGGGUACAGCGGUCAGAAGAAGGACACCGAAAUCUUUUAUCAGUUUACUUCCUUUUUAUCUCCAGGUAUCAUUUAUCACUGUGACCUCACCAAAGAGGAACUGGAGCCACGAGUCUUCCGAGAGGUUACCGUGAAAGGGAUCGAUGCUUCCGAUUACCAGACAAUCCAGAUUUUCUAUCCCAGCAAGGAUGGCACAAAGAUUCCAAUGUUCAUUGUGCAUAAAAAGGGCAUAAAACUGGACGGCUCUCAUCCUGCUUUCUUAUAUGGCUACGGUGGCUUCAACAUAUCCAUCACACCCAACUACAGCGUGUCCAGGCUCAUCUUUGUGAGACACAUGGGCGGCGUCCUUGCAGUGGCCAACAUCCGAGGAGGUGGCGAGUACGGAGAGACGUGGCAUAAAGGUGGCAUCCUGGCAAACAAACAGAACUGCUUUGAUGACUUUCAGCACGCGGCGGAGUAUCUGAUCAAGGAAGGUUACACCUCUCCCAAGAGGCUGACUAUUAAUGGAGGUUCAAACGGAGGCCUCUUAGUGGCUGCUUGUGCAAAUCAGCGCCCUGACCUCUUCGGUUGCGUUAUUGCCCAAGUGGGAGUAAUGGACAUGCUGAAGUUCCAUAAGUACACCAUCGGCCACGCCUGGACCACCGACUACGGGUGCUCGGACAGCAAACAACACUUUGAAUGGCUUAUCAAAAUUUCCUGAUAAGAGCCCAGCCAGCCAACACCUUGAUUUCAGCCCUGAGACCCAGAGCAGAGAACCCAGUUGAGGCAGCCCAGACUUCUGGCUGACAGAACUGUGAGAUAAGAAAUCUGUGUUACUCUAAAAAGCCGCCAAACUUGUAGUAGUUUGUUACCAUAGCAAUCAAAAACUAGUAGGAAAAGGUGUCAGUGUACUUUACGUCUAUGGGUGGGAUUUUAAGAAGGAAAGAGAGAGAUGUGCAGGUACAUUAAAUUUAUUUUGUUCUCUCAGUAUAACCGUAUAUAUUUGAAACUGCAAAUCACGUUAUUAAAAUAUUGUACAACUGCAUUCCUAUCCUUCAGCUGCUCUGGCAAGACCAGUGGGAAGAUAGCAAACAUUUAGACUCUCGUGACCAUGAGCUACAUUCUUUCUGGCUGUUCCCUGUCUUCACUUCCCACGUGCAGGGGUUUGGGGACCAACAUCAGCAAUUAGAACUGCCUGUGUGUCCCCUCUCCCAGUCUUCUCAGUCGACUCCACAUUUCAUUACAAUUAUUUCUCCCAUCAAGCUUUUUCUUUCAUUUUCUGUGAUUUUUGUGUUUUUAGCUCUUCAACUAAAAUGACCAGUUUUAUCACUGAAAUAACCUCAUCGACAAAUACCAGUAAAAGCUAAAUAAGAAGCUGUCGUUCAAAUUAACGUAAAGAAAAUACACGCUUAGGGAGUCUCAUCUAAAUUCAAAAUACCGAAUUAUGUAUCAAAGGCAACAAAAUAUUCAAUGGAACCUAAUACUUCUAAAAUUAAUUUGGGAAAGAAAAGUAAUUUAAUCUUCCUCUCAAGUUGUCUGUGGUAUUCCUACUUUAGACUUUACUUUUCCAACCUUGCUCUCAUGGGGCUGUAUUCUCACCCCCGCUGCUCCCAGCAGAGUACAGUCGAGCCAGAGGGGGCCCGACUGGGCAGGAGCUGCUCAGACCCAGCAGCUUGUCCCAUGAAGCACCGUCUGGAGCUUAAAGCCCUCCCCCCGCCCAAUGAUGGAGCUGGAUUUCCACGUUUGGAAAUAGCUUGGAUAAAUUUUCUGCAGAAAUUCUCAGUUUUCCACACCUUUUUCCCCAAGAACUAAACUUGAUCUAGAAGGCUGGGGUUGAUCCAAGAACACUCUGAAAUGAGAUCAGAAAACCGAUCCAUUGCACCCACACCCUAUCUAUUGGGAGGCUAUACGCCAGAAUGUUCCAGUCUUGACUUGGUUAACUGAGCAGAAAUUUUACUGUUUUUGACUGUUUACCCUCCAAAAUAAAACUCUCCUAAAAUAGCCGAUUAUAUUCAGUAAGACUGAACACUGAGAAACAUGACGUCCAUAUUGAGUAAAAUGUGAAGAAGAAAAUCCAGAGACCCCCUCAUUUAACUACUACUAUCAAUUACUGUUUAAUUCGACCAGACUUUUAUUCUUAAAACCCUUUUGUUUCCGUACCGG